UCCAAAGCUGGAAACCACCCACCAGCCCGGCGGGCGCACCCGGAUUCCGAUCAACCGCACCGCCCGCAGCCAGCAAGGGCAACCGCGUCAUUAAAAACGAGGGUUUGGCCGCCUCCCCCACUCCACUACACUCUCCCUUGCUCUCCACGCCGCGAGGGUGACAGCAACAGACGCGGCGCGAGCGUACCGCGCCGCCGCCUCCUCCGAUCUGCGCGUCGCCGCCGCCUCAGCCGCGAGAUUUGAAGGUUAUCAGGUUUCAAGAUGUUGACCAGCACAUUUGCGACUUCCUGCACGCUCUUGAGCAAUGUUAGAACUCAGGCCUCCCAGACUCUGGUGAAGAGCCCUUCAUGUCUGAGUUUCUUCAGCCAAGGCAUGCAGGUUCCAAUCCUGAAGGCCUCCAAGAAACCCGAUGUUUCUGCGAUGGCUGUCUAUAAGGUGAAGCUUGUCACACCAGAAGGGACAGAGCACGAGUUUGAGGCUCCAGAUGACACCUACAUCCUCGACGCUGCUGAGGACGCCGGUGUGGAGCUGCCAUACUCGUGCCGUGCUGGGGCGUGCUCCACCUGUGCCGGCAAGAUUGAGGCUGGCACGGUUGAUCAGUCGGAUGGAUCCUUCCUCGAUGACGGGCAGCAGGCAGAAGGCUAUGUGCUGACAUGCGUGUCCUACCCCAAGUCCGACUGCGUCAUCCACACUCACAAGGAAGGUGACCUGUACUAGGGCUUUUCACUCUGUCAAGAGGCGAAGGCUCUCAAGUAUUAUCAAGCAGGCUGCAUGGUUGAUUGGUUGUUGUCUUUUAUGUCCCAUUAGUGUAAGUUCAGAGUUGGUGCAUUAAGAUUGGGAACCCAUGGAAAUACUAGCUAGUCAAUAAAAAACUGAUGCGAUGCCAUAACGGUAUAAUUUCAUGGCUCUUUGAUAUGUUUGGUGUACUGUUAUUUUUAGUAGUUGGUUCUGAAUGUCACUGUAGCAUGGUGCAUGAGCAUGUUAGGAUCCAAAGUUCCAAACUGCCUCUGUUAUGUGGUUGCUGUUUUGCCAAAAUUGGAUCUCGGACUUGGUCUGGAUGCAUGAGCAACUGCUGAAGAGAACAAAAUUGUGUGAGCUACAACAAUCCAAAUCCAGUUGCAGGUGAA